UGAUUGUAGUGCCAUCAUUGUGCCACCAUUGUAGUGAUUUAGACGCCGCGUGUUUUCGACGCUACCUAUUAUUCUACACUUCUCUAUACGUUCGGGCGGAGAAUUGUAUGGAGUAAGAAAAUGGGGCCUCCCGCCCAAAUGGAAUAGUCCAUCAACAUCGGCACCAAUUGCGCCGAAUCCGCGCGUGUUUCGGUACUGAAUGUGGUGUGUGCUGCUGGUUGUUUCUGCUGUUUCAAAGACCAACGCUCCCUACUUCGUGUGCAAAAUGACAAACAAGGAAGAUGCUGACCUGAUUGCUGACUGCUUGCGAUGGAUGCCAUCAGAGCAUCAUGAAGGGCGGGCGACGACGGAGGCUCGCCACGCUGCUUCGGUCCGGUGCGCUUCGGGAGCCGCUUGCUGUGCUUCUCUCGCAGGACAGUGCCCCCCAGGGUGGUGUUCGAACUUUUGCCAUGCUUGGCGUCAGCACCCGGCGCACCCGGGCCGUCAGCAUCCGCGACACCGCAACCGUCAGUUGUAUUGACCCAUCUGCACGACCCCAGCACCUUCUCUAGUAAUGGCACCGACAGUCAACAUCGAAGAAUGGCUUGGCAUGUACGAACGCAUCGCUGCACACAACCAAUGGCACCCCACAGUGAUGCUUGCAAGGCCUGGUCGUCUGUCAGCAUGCAUUGAAGCAUUCCAGCUGCCCAGCAAAUCCAGAUGGUGCAGUUAGAUGAAGGAUACCGCCACCACUGUAACUCCUGUGUCUAUGAGAUGGAUAAACUGUGAUCUGAAGUGCUCACCAGGAUCCAUGCAGGCUAGCAUGCGUUUGAAUUCCAUUUAUGCCUUCGGAGCUUCUUGCGAACGUUCAAGCUAAGGCAACACCUGCACACUCAUACAGCAAAAAGGCCAUUUCAGUGCCCUGCCCUUUACGCUCAUAGAGCUUCUCACAAAAAGUUAUUCUAAAGCAACACCUGUGCAUCCAUAGAGGUGAGAUGCCAUUUCAUUGCCAUUUAUGCGCUAGGAGCUUUACGGUGAAGUCUACAUUGAAGGAACACCUGCGCAUUCACACAGGAGAGAAGCCAUUUCAGUGCCCUUCGUGCCCUCAGAGAUUCUCACGAAAGAGUACUCUGAUCCAACACCUGCAUACACACAAAGGCGAGAGGCCAUGUCAGUGCCCUUUGUGCCCUCAAAGCUUCUCACAAAAGAGUACUCUAAACCAGCACCUGCGCACCCACACAGGCGAGAAGCCAUUUCAAUGCCCUUCAUGCCCUCAGAGCUUCUCACAUCAGUGUAGUCUGAACCGACACCUGCACACCCAUACAGGCGAGAAGCCAUUCCAUUGCCCUUUGUGCCCUCAAAGCUUCUCACUAAAGAGUCGUCUGAACCAGCACCUGUGCACACACACAGGUGAGAAGCCAUUUCAAUGCCCAUCGUGCCCUCAGAGCUUCUCACGAAGGAGUACUCUGAACCGACACCUGCACACCCAUACAGGUGAGAAGCCAUUUCAAUGCCCAUCGUGCCAUCAGAGCUUUUCACAUCAGUGUAAUCUGAACCGACACCUGCACACCCACACAGGAGAGAAGCCAUUUCAGUGCCCUUCGUGCCCUCAGAGAUUUUCAAAUAAGAGUAAUCUGAACCGACACCUGCACACCCACACAGGUGAGAAGCCAUUUCAGUGCCCUUCGUGCCCUCAGAGAUUCUCACGAAAGAGUACUCUGAUCAAACACCUGCGUACACACACAGGUGAGAGGCCAUUUCAGUGCCCUUUGUGCCCUCAAAGCUUCUCACAAAAGAGUACUCUGAACCAGCACCUGCGUACCCACACAGGCGAGAAGCCAUUUCAAUGCCCUUCAUGCCCUCAGAGCUUCUCACAUCAGUGUAGUCUGAACCGACACCUGCACACCCAUACAGGCGAGAAGCCAUUUCAUUGCCCUUUGUGCCCUCAAAGCUUCUCACUAAAAAGUCGUCUGAACCAGCACUUGUGCACACACACAGGUGAGAAGCCAUUUCAAUGCCCAUCGUGCCCUCAGAGGUUCUCAAAGAAAAAUACUCUGAACCAACACCUGCACACCCACACAGGAGAGAAGCCAUUUCAAUGCCCUUCAUGCCCUCAGAGCUUCUCACGAAGGAGUACUCUGAACCGACACCUGCACACCCAUACAGGCGAGAAGCCAUUCCAUUGCCCUUCGUGCCCUCAGAGCUGCUCACGAAGGAGUACUCUGAACCGACACCUGCUCACCCAUACAGGUGAGAAGCCAUUUCAAUGCCCAUCAUGCCAUCAGAGCUUCUCACAGAAAAGUACUCUGAACCAACACCGGCACACCCACACAGGAGAGAAGCCAUUUCAGUGCCCUUCGUGCCCUCGGAGAUUUUCACGUAAGAGUAAUCUGAACCAACACCUGCGCACCCACACAGGUGAGAAGCCAUUUCAAUGCCCAUCGUGCCAUCAGAACUUCUCACAGAAAAAUACUCUGAACCAACACCUGCACACCCACACAGGAGAGAAGCCAUUUCAGUGCCCUUCGUGCCCUCAGAGAUUUUCACAAAAGAGUAAUCUGAACCAACACCUGCGCGCCCACACAGGCAAGAAGCCAUUUCAAUGCCCUUUAUGCCCUCAAAGCUUCUCACAAAAGUCGACAUGGAAGCUUCACCUGCACUUCCACUAAUGUGAGAGGCUGUUUCAGAGCCGUUCAUGUCCUGAGAACUUGUGGGAGUCUGCAUUAAACCAACAGCCAUGCAUCCACACAGGCGGGUGGCCAUUUCAGUGCCCUGCAUGCCCUCAGCAAUCCUCAAAAGUCCUUACUGAAGGACCACAUGUGCAUCCACUCAGCGAGAGGCCAUGUCAGUGCUCUUCAUGUACUCGGAUAUACUCAUGGAAGUUCACACUGAACUUCACUUCCCCUAAUGUGAGAGACUGUUUCAGGGUCCUUCAUGUCCUGACAACUUGUGGAAGUCUGCACUGAACCGACACCUGCUCAUCCACACAAAGUCCGUAGUGAAGGAUCACCUGUGUGUCAACUCGGGGGGACGCCAUGUCAGGGCUCUUGUCCUCGGAGUUACUUGGAGUAGUUUGCACUGAACUGACACAUGCACAACCCACAUAAGCGAGCGGCCGUUUCAGUGCAGCUUCUACCGUCAAACCUUCGGACAUAAAAGCUACCUCAAUAGGCACCUCGCCACCACAAGUGCACCUGACACGUGCGGUGCAGCAGUGCUGAGUUGUGUGCACUCCUCAUUGUUCCUUCUUGCUUUUCAUGUUUUCCUUAG